CCACAAAAACCAAAUUGGAAUCUAAUUUUCAAGUCCGUCUCGAACGCAGAGAACACCCAAAAAAAAAAAAAAAAAAUGAUCUUCUUCUUUGAGUGGCUCCGAGCUUCACUAUGGUGUUGUGAUCUCAUAGCCUAAAUCUUAACCGUCUAUCUGGAUGGGCCAGUCAACUUCGACGGCUGCCAUUUCCAGCCGCCGUGAUAUCAAUCACAGCAAUCGACCUAAGUCGAAAUCAACGGCCCUGAUCUGCCCGAUGCAACCCCUCGAAGAUAACGAUGACAACGAGAUUAUCGAUGGUGGCGAUCCUGACUAUAUCUCUGAGCUGCCUGAUGAGUGCUUGGCUUGUAUAUUUCAGUCUCUGAACUCCGCUGACCGGAAACGCUGCUCUCUGGUUUGUCACCGGUGGUUUCGGGUCGAAGGUCAGAGUCGCCACCGACUUUCUCUCAACGCACAGUCGGAACUUUACCCGCUGAUAGAUUCUCUGUUUUCGCGGUUCGAUUCCGUGACGAAGCUCGCUUUGAAGUGCGACCGUAGAUCCGCGAGUAUCUGCGACGACGCGCUCGUGCAGAUCUCGCGCAAGUGCCGGAACCUCACGCGCCUCAAGCUCCGCGCGUGUCGCGAAUUGACCGACGCGGGGAUGGAUGCCUUUGCGAAGAACUGCAAGGCCUUGAAGAAGCUCUCGUGUGGAUCCUGUACUUUCGGAGCUAAAGGUAUGAACGCCGUGCUCGAAAACUGUUCGUCUCUUGAAGAACUCUCCGUGAAACGCUUACGUGGCAUCACCGACGGAGCCACGGCUGAGCCGAUCGGUCCCGGCGCGGCGGCUUCGUCUCUCAAAACGAUUUGCUUGAAGGAACUCUAUAACGGUCAGUGUUUCGGUCCCCUAAUUACAGGAGCAAAAAACUUGAAAACUUUGAAGCUGUAUCGGUGCUCCGGCGAUUGGGAUAAGCUUCUUCAAUCGGUCACAGAACACGUUACGAGCUUAAUCGAAAUCCACCUCGAGCGUCUUCAAGUCAGCGAUGUCGGUCUUUUGGCGAUCUCGAAUUGUUCAGAUCUGGAAAUUCUUCACCUCGUGAAAACGCCCGAGUGCACAAAUAUCGGACUCUUAUCGCUCUCCGAACGUUGCAAGCACUUGCGGAAGCUUCACAUUGAUGGUUGGAAGGCGAAUCGAAUCGGAGACGAUGGCUUAAUCGCGGUAUCGAAAAACUGUGGUAAUCUUCAGGAAUUGGUUCUCAUCGGUGUGAAUCCAACGAAGCAAAGCUUGGAAUCUCUAGCUACGAAUUGCAAGAAUCUAGAGCGCUUAGCUUUAUGUGGAAGCGAAACCGUUGGUGACCCUGAGAUUUCGUGCAUUGCGGCAAAAUGUAUAGCAUUGAAGAAGCUUUGUAUAAAAAGCUGCCCUGUAUCCAAUCAAGGCCUGGAAGCCUUAGCCAAUGGCUGCCCUAGUUUGGUGAAAGUGAAGCUCAAGAAAUGUAGAGCAGUAACUAUGGAAGGCGCUGAAUGGUUGAAAAAUAAUAGAGAAUCACUUGCUGUGAAUUUGGACAAUGGUGAGACUGAGCAGCAGGAUGCGAGUGCAAGUGAUGGAGCACAAGAAAACGCCGGCGCGGCCGAAUUCCCGCCUCCUGCAGUGCCUAGCCAAAUGGCUGCGGCCGCGGCAGCUGCUGUGGCGGCGAAUAAUAUGGCGAGAAGUACGAGCCGUUCGAGCUCGAUGAAGUGGAGAUUAGGGCUAUUAAGUGGGAGGGGUUUCGUGGCUUGUACUUUGAGAAGGUGGUCAAGUGCUAACAGCAAUGGUCGGGGUAUUUAGGUUGAUGUCUGGUCUAAUUUACAUUGUUUUGUGUUGUAUGAUCUGAUUCUGUCUUUCUCUCUUUAUCUUAAUGUAUUUAAUUUAAUUUCUGUGUGUUCUGUUUAUUGCGCUUAUUUUGAAUUGAAUCUUCACUGUUGCAAUUGGUAAUCAUACUUUUCUCAAUUCUCUUUUUA